CUGAUAAGUAAUAAACAAAAAAGUAACAUAAUUGUGUCACCUGAAAAAACACACUCUUCCUUCUUGCUUCCGAAGAGAUUCUAGUAUCGUGUUUUGUUUCAAAACAAGGCAUAUAUAUGGGCUCUUCAAAGCGAUUAGAAAUAGCUUCCGCUUAUCUCAUUUCCAUGCUUUUGAAUGUUACCUUGGCUGUUCCCCUUUUAUCACCAACUUUAUACUACCAUCCCCGACCGCUAGGCCCGCUAAAGCCGACUGAGCUUCAGGCAACAUCCCCGGCUGCAAAGCCGCCGGCUUCAAAACCACCGGUGCCAGUGCCACGGUCUCACCCAGAUCCGAAGCCGUGUCCACCGGCGCCGGUGGUACCGAAGCCAGCUGCCCCACCAGCAAAGCCGAAACCACGGCCGCCGUUGCCGACGCCGACUAUUUCCCCACCACCGAUGAACUCACCGCCACCUCCGUCGCCGCUAACGCCGCCACCGCCGCCAAAGUAUUGUCCCAUUGACACAAUGAAAGUAGGGUUGUGUUUGGAUAUUUUAGGAGGGCUGAUUCACAUCCACCUCGGUGACCCAGCGAUCAACAAGUGCUGCCCCAUGCUGGGAGGGCUUGUGGGGAUGGAAGCGGCGGUGUGCAUGUGCUCGACGAUGUCGAUGAGGAUGAUGAAUCUCACCAUUUUCAUGCCAGUGGCGCUUGAGCUGAUUGGCAUGUGUGGGUUGUACCUUCCUCCCGGCUACGCUUGCGAUCUCACCUCAAGAACCACUAAUUCAAGCGCUCCCAUUAAUACUUGAAUAAUGCCCCAGCAUUUAUACCAAUCAAGUAUGUUAUAUAGUCUUGAUGUGAAAAGAGAGAGUUAAUUAUAAGUGCUAGUGCCUUGAAAAAGGUAAAACAUGUAGUG